AGGGAGAUGCAGCUCUCUGAUUGACCACAGUAGUCCCAUGUUCCCCUGAAAGUAUCGAGAGGGUAAAAAAUAAUUUCAGUUUUCUCUGAAAAUGUAAAAAAAAAUAAUGUUGUGAUUUGCAUUUACAAAUUGGCCUUUCAGUGAUGUGAAAAGUGGCUCUGGAUAAGAAGUGAAACUGCUCAGAAUGAUACGUGACAGUGGAUGACCUAUGGUAUUAACCAUACUAUCUAGCACUAAUGAGAAGAUAAAUCACUCACUUUACAUUUGAAUAGCCUCAUUUUCAUUACCAGGCUGAACAAUUCUUCCCGGAGAUGUGAACAAUGGGCUUACUCUAAACUUUUAUUGUGAACCUCUUCAUUCAUUUAUGCUGUCUUGUAGUUUAAAAGAAACACAGAAUGCUUUUAGGUGAUUUAGUUUUUUCUUUGUUGCCCCAAUUAGGCUAAUUAUCUUCAAGUGUUUGAGUUUGUAUCAGUGUUAUUAAUCAUAGUUAUUAUGUACCCGUUGCGCAGGAGAAAUAAAUCCGAUUGAUCAGUUCUUUUGGCAUGAAUUCGUCUUAAGAUAUUUGGAGAGCCUGUGUCUGCUUUUAUAGUUUUCAGUAGUUGACGAUUAAAACCUGAGCACAGCAAUAUGCAAGUUUUUAUUAAUCCCACUUUACUCAUGUUCAUUACUUUAAACUGGCAAAUUGCGUGUUGUGUUGUACCUUUUCCGCCUGGGUAAGCCGCGUCUGCUCUCGGCUGAGCAGAUAACUAAACGAAGCGCACAGCAUGACGUGCAAAGAAAAACAUCACGUUUUCAUUUAUAAACCAAUUUGUUCAAUCAGCAGCGUCAUCACUGUGUGAGUUAGUUUCCACGAGAGUAGCUCUAGUAGAAAAAGAGCUGUACUCAUCAUCUAGUGCUCCACUGCAAGAAAGGAACCAUGACAAAGGUUCAGUGUGCUGUUCUUAUUCUGGUGUACCUGGAGCUUUCCACAAGGGUUGGCACUGCCCCAAUCUGCUCCCAUGGACAGGCUGGAUGUCACACUCCUUCCCUGGCUGAUCUCUUUGACAGGGUCAUACAACAGUCUUCAAGAAUGCAUGGCAUCUCCAGUGAUCUGCACUCAGAAUUUGAGCGAUAUUUCUUUCCCAGCAAGAACCUCAUAGGAAAACGAAAGUGUCACACACAUGGCAUAGUGACACCAGCCGAUAAGGAGAAUGCACAAAGGCUAGGGAGAGAACAGCUGACACAGGUGAUCCUGAGCCUGCUGGGGGCCUGGGGGGACCCCCUAUUACAACUUUAUCGGAGCAUGUCUCAGGAUCAGAAUCAAGACUUCAAUCACUACAGCUCCAACAAGGUGCUGGAGAUAGGUGAUAUGGUGCAUGAGCUGAGGGAUGGAGUGGCAAAAAUGGCUGGUAAGAUGAAGCUUUCAGGAGUGCUUGGUAACACCGUGGGUUACAUCUCUCCUGAGGGUUUGGUCCCCUCUUCCUCCUUUUCCUUCUACAAGCAAGGAGAACUCAAUUCAAUCGACCAUCAUGACCUACUUUACUGCUUCCGCAGGGACUCCAACAAAAUCAAAAAUUAUCUCCAAAUCCUGAAAUGCACCACCCUCCCUGGACUAGACUGCUAAAAGUGAUAGCAUAGCAGUCGGCAUUAUCUUUCUUUCUUUUUUCUGACAGCUUUUGUUUCCUAACUUGCUUUUCCACACCAUGUUCUUACUGUGUGCUUACAUCCUUUGUGGUGCAUUUCACUUGUUCAUGUAGUGUAAAGGAUUGUGUGUGCCUCUCGCAUUAUUAAUGUUAGAGGUAAUUAAAUAAUUUUGCUUUGGAGCACUGAGCAUGAAAAGGUACAAAAAAAAAGAAUUUAAACAAAGAGAGCACGAGCUCUACAUAUUUAUAGAAACGGUAGAUGCUGUGUGGUAGAGUGAUCAUUAACAUGUAAAUGGGUUUCGCUCCAGACAGCCCAACACAUAAACAAUAUGGAAAUCAGGAUUCUUUCAUACGCUUUAUUUACAGUUGAUCUAUACACUCAAGAUGAUAGAAAAAAUAUUUUACAAGUUAUACUUAACAUUUGACUUUAAAAGGUUUUGGAGUGUGAGCAGGGUGUCUGUGUAAAGCUGACCAAAACAUGUAAACCAAAUAAAAAAAAAAGUCUGAUGCAUGAAA